GAUUAAAAUGAUUUUAUAAUUAUUUAAGAAUUGAUACAAACAAGAUGACUGCAAUUGUACAAGAAGACAAUGAAUUAAAAAAGUUACUUGGUAACCCUGCAAAAAAUGCUGGGGAAGAUGGUUUGAUGGGUCCGCCACAAUCGACUAAUGUUCCACGACCAAGCACAUCGCAAAAUGUUAAUCCACAAUCAUUGAUAAGUCCGAUGACCCCAGCUAAUAGUACAAAAGAAGUGAUAGAACCUUGUUUACAAAAUGUAGUUUCUACAGUUAACUUAGGCAUAGAAUUACCAUUAAUGUAUAUUAAUACAAGAACAAGAAAUUCUGAAUAUAAUCCAGCAAGAUUUAUGGGUCUGAUUAUGAGAAUUAGGAAUCCUAGAGCUACUGCAUUAAUUUUUCAUUCUGGAAAAAUAGUAUGCACUGGUGCAAGAAGUGAAGAAGACUCUUAUUUAGCAACAAGAAAGUUUGCAAGAAUAAUUCAGAAGUUAGGUUUUGCAGCUAAAUUUUAUAAUUUUAAAAUACAAAAUAUAGUUGCUACAUGUGAUCUAAAAUUUCCAAUUAAAUUAGAAAAUUUAAAUCAUAUACAUGGACAAUUUUCUAGUUAUGAACCUGAACUUUAUCCAGGUCUUAUAUAUAGAAUGGUAUCACCAAGAGUAGUAUUACUUAUAUUUGUAAAUGGAAAAGUUGUAUUAACAGGAGCAAAAAAUAGAACUGAAUUGCAAGAUGCACUUAAUAAUAUAUAUCCAAUAUUGAAAAGUUUCAGGAAACAAUAAUAAAUUUUUCCAUAUUUUAAGUUUUUGUAAGAUAAAUAAUUUAUAUAAAACUAAAAUUGAUCAUGUUAUCAAAUAUAAUUUAAUAUAAUUUAAAUUCAUAUAAUUGACGUAAUUUAUUAUAAAAAAUAACAAUCAGUAAAAAUUAGUAGUAUAUAAGUGUAUAUAAUAUCAUCUUAAUAAUAUUUGCACAAAUUACAAAUUAGAUCUUCACUAAUAAAUUAAAUUAUAUAAUUUAUAUAAAAAUUAUUAUAUAAAAUAUAUAAAAAUAUAAUAGCAUAUAUAUAUAUAUAACAUGUUAAGCUUCUUAUAUAACUUACAAAUAUAUAUCUUUUAUAGAAAUAAAUUUGUAUCAUAUAUUUCUGAACAUUAUAAAUAUAAAAAUAUUAAUCAAUAUUAUAUUAUUAUCAAAAUAAAACUGAUAAAUAUAACUGAUAAAUAAA